ACAGUAAAACAACCCUUGCCCUAGCUUGAGAGAAUCCCGGCUCCCUCUCCCGAUCCCGCCUCGGUCUCCCAGGCUCGGCUCCCUCUCCCAGCAGUAACCCAAGCUCGAAUGAACGCUGCAGCCAGCUCCUCUUCAUCGAUCGAGUGUGUACGCGGACGCAUCAACCAGCAAGCUCGACUCAAUCGUCCCGUGCCCUAGAUCGUGCGAACAGUUUCUUCUCUUCUUCCAUCGAGCUCCUACAAGAGACGGCUGACCGUCCACCGCGUGUACGCCGCAGCCGACCUCUCACUGUGCCUCCCUCACCCUAGCUCAAUCAAAACUGCGACGAAACAGUGAGAUUUUCAGAAUGCUCUGCACCAUUUAUCCACCAUCGAUUCUGACAAGAAUACAAGUGAACGAACCCUCCCAGAAGCUGGAUUGUACAGUGGUAUGUCAUGCCAGGGGUCCCAGACCCAGAUUCCCUCGUGUAUGGAAAACCAGGAAUAGGAUUGGCACCAUCUCCAAAUCACAAAAGCUUGUUGAAUCUAUAAAGGAAUUGUCAAAUGUUAAAGAAGAGGUUUAUGGAGCUCUUGAUUCAUUCAUUGCUUGGGAUUUGGAGUUUCCUUUGAUCGUAAUCAAGAAGGCACUGAAGACACUCGAGUUUCAGAAGGAAUGGAAGAGAAUAAUUCAGGUGAUAAAGUGGAUGUUAAGCAAAGGCCAGGGACAAACCCUGGGAACCUAUUACACCUUAUUAAAUGCUUUGGCGGAGGAUGGAAGGCUUGAAGAAGCAGAAGAAUUAUGGACGAAAAUAUUUUCACAAUAUUUGGAAAGUCUUCCUCGCGUUUUCUUUAUGAAAAUGAUCUCUUUAUACUACAGUAAAGGCUUGAACGAAAAGAUGUUUGAGGUAUUUGCUGAUAUGGAAGAACUUGGCGUCAGGCCUGAUCGAUCCAUUGUGAAGAUGGUUGGUGAGGUGUUUCAGAACUUAGGCAUGCAUGACAAAUAUGAGAAAUUGCAUAUGAAAUACCCUCCACCUAACUGGGAAUAUCGCUACAUCAAAGGGAAACGUGUUAAAAUUCGAGUAAAACAGUCCAGUGAAGCUGAUGAUAUUGAAGCUAAAAGUGAGAUUCGAAGGAAACUGAUUACUGGUGCUUAUGAUGAUGAAGUUGAAGCUGAGAGUGAGGAAGAACAAUUUACAGGAGCUGAUGGUGAAGUUGAAACUGAGAUUGUGCUGGAGCAAUUAACUGUGCUUAACAAUAAUGAAGAUGAAAGAGUGCGGCAGCAAAUACCAGUCCAAGAUGCAGGGUAAUAUUGCCUUCUGGAUGAAAUCUUAAUGCAAAUUUGCACCUAGAUUUGUCAUCCAUGGCUGCUUUUCACAUCACCAUUUAAGCAGCUUAUGAGAGCUUGUGUGACAUAAGGUCAUGAUUUGCAAAAAAAAUUUUCUGAAAUUAAAUAUGUUACAGAUGAAGAAUGUUAUUCAUUGCCUGUAAUUUGUGAGAUUCUUACUUGGAUUCGACCACCUUAUCCUCAAAUUUAGGAAAAAAUUGUGAGAUGGUGGUGAGAACUGUAAGGUUUUAUGGCGCAUAAUUUUGUCAUUUAAAAGAGAAGCAUAAAGUUAAGUGUUGUAGAGA